GGUAAAGAAUCACCUUAAGCCGUCAGACCCCACAUAGCAGCACCCUGCGCGACUGGCAUCUCCGCAAACCAGGGCACCCAUACACCCCCCCGGCAUCUCAUACCCCCCCACAACAGUGGGGACGGGAGAGGGAGGGGGGCUUCGUCUUGUAGGUGGGAGAGAGAGCUGCACCUUUCCCAUAAGACACAAGGAGGUGUACGUUCGCGCGAGCAGCGCAGCAUCCUUAAGCAGAGCGCGCAGCCGGGGACCAGAUCUGCUCCGUCUCUCCCUGGAUACACAGAGACUGCGAGAAGUGCCCUGUCUGGGGUAGAUCUUCGGGGCAGAAUGCGGGCUGUGGAUGUCGUCUCCUCCGUCAUCGUGCUGCUCUUGGCUGCUGUAAAAGGACUGCCCCUGCUGGACGAUGAAGCCACAGAAGCUCCAGAUUUGCUGCACACCCCCCCACCGGGGCGCUCAAACCCUGUGUCCCUGGAGCAGCUGGUCCACCAGGCCGUCAUGAAGACGGACUUCUUGGGGCAGGACGGCUUCUUCACAGGUACAACCUCUGUCCCCACACGGGCCGCCCCUGUGUCCCUGACUGACGACCUGGCUCCAGCAGGGGUCAGCGAAACCUCUGGGGUCCUCACCACAGCCGUUGGGGGGACCUUCUCCCUUCCUCCGCCCCUCAGUACAUUGACGCCUCCAUCUCCAGCACCAACAGGAGGUCCGGGACCCUCCGCAGAAGGGGAAGAAGAGACCACUACCACCCUGAUCACUACAACCACCGUAACCACCGUGCAUAGCCCAGUUCUCUGUAACAACAACAUCUCUGAGCUGGAAGGAAUCCUGGAGGGUCCUGAAUACUCCGGGGGAAGUUUCUUUGGUGGUCUGGACUGUACAUACAGUGUGUCUGUAUAUAUGGGCUACGGAGUGGAAAUCCGGGUUGAAAAGCUAAAUCUCUCCAAGGAGGAGGCGCUGAGCGUGGAGGGGUUAGAAGAAGACCACCGAUUCCUGCUGGCCAAUGAGACGCUGAUGGCCGAGGGUCAGGUGAUCCGCAGUCCAACCAACCACAUUGCAGUAAGAUUCCAGACUUACCGCACCACAAGCCCUGGAGCAUUUAAGUUGCGCUAUCAAGCUUAUGUCCUUAGCUGUGUGUUUCCCUCUCGACCUGAGAAUGGAGAAGUCACCGUCACAGACCUCCACCCUGGAGGAUCCGCUAACUUUCACUGUGCUCCUGGGUUCACAUUAAAGGGUGCAGAUUCCCUGAUCUGUCUUAAUAUCACCCGUCCUCAGUGGAGUGGAAAGCCCCCAGUCUGCACAGCUACGUGUGGCGGUGUAAUACGUAAUGCCACGGUUGGACGGAUUGUAUCCCCUGAUGUUACUGCGCAUCAUGGAAACAACUUGAGCUGCCAUUGGUUGAUCGAGGCGUCUGAGGGACAGCGGCUCCAUCUACACUUUGAGAGGGUCUCCCUGGACGAGGAUAAUGACAGGUUGGUUGUUCACUCUGGAAGCUCCACCUUGUCCCCCCUCAUUUAUGAUUCGGAUAUAGAUGAUGCCCCAGAGCGCGGUCUCCUCAGUGACGCCCAAUCCUUGUACAUCGAGCUUGUGUCUGAGAAUCCAGCCGUCCCCCUGCUCCUCAGCCUGCGCUAUGAAGUGUUCUCUGAGACUCGAUGUUAUGAACCAUUCCUGGCUCAUGGUAACUUCAGCACCACAGACCCCCUCUUCUCCCCGGGGACUCUGGUCUCGUUUUCCUGUAAUGCGGGGUACAUGCUGGAACAAGGACCCCCGGUCAUAGAGUGUGUGGAUCCUACAGACCCUCACUGGAAUGAGAGCGAGCCCGUGUGCAAAGCUCUGUGUGGAGGAGAGAUCUCUGAACCGGCCGGGGUGAUCCUGUCUCCUGAUUGGCCACAGAAUUAUGCAAAGGGUCAGGAUUGUGUGUGGGGCAUCCAUGUACAGGAGGACCGGCGGGUGCUGCUGGAGAUAGAGAUACUGAACAUCCGCCGUAGCGAUGCCCUGACGGUCUAUGACGGUGAUGACCUCACAGCGCGGGUCCUAGGACAGUACAUGGGUGUUCACCAGCGGUUUAACCUCUUCUCCUCGGCCAAUGAUGUCACCCUGCAGUUCCAGUCGGACCCCAAUGACCCUGUGUUUAGCCUGAGCCAGGGAUUCAUCAUACACUUCAAAGAGGUGCCACGGAACGACACAUGCUCGGCUCUGCCCGAAAUACAGUCCGGGUGGAAGACGUCUUCACACCCCGACCUCAUCCGUGGCACGGUUGUGACCUAUCAGUGUGAACCUGGCUAUGACAUCAUCGGAUCAGACAUCCUCACCUGUCAAUGGGACCUGUCGUGGAGCAACGCCCCCCCGACCUGUGAAAAGAUCCUGAACUGCGCUGACCCCGGGGAGAUCGCCAACGGUGUCCGCAGAGCGUUUGACCCACGCUUCCCCAUCGGAUCCCACGUCCACUAUUCCUGCAACGAGGGAUACACGCUGGAAGGAAGCGAAAUCCUGACCUGUUACAACCGAGACACCGGGACCCCCAAAUGGAGCGACAGGAUCCCCAAGUGUGUCUUAAAGUACGAGCCGUGCCUAAACCCCGGAGUCCCCGAGAACGGGUACCAGACCCUCUACAAGCACCAUUACCAGGCCGGCGAGGCCCUACGAUUCUUCUGCUACGAGGGAUUCGAGCUGAUCGGUGAAGUGACCAUCAUCUGUGUUCCUGGACACCCAUCCCAGUGGACGAACCAACCUCCUCUGUGCAAAAUUGCAUAUGAGGAGCUGCUGGACGACAGGAAGCUGGAAGUCGCCCAGACGACAGACCCCUCCCACCAGAUGGAGGGCGGAAAUAUUGCGCUGGCGAUUUUCCUGCCGAUCAUCCUGGUCAUCCUGCUGAUAGGUGGAAUCUACAUCUAUUACACCAAGUUUCAAGGCAAAUCUCUGUUUGGAUUUUCUUUCCCGGCCUCUCAUUCAUACAGCCCCAUCACUGUGGAGUCCGACUUCAACAACCCAUUAUACGAGGCCGGGGAUACCCGGGAGUACGAGGUGUCGAUUUGAAGAUGGGUUUCAUCCUGGGUACGACUACGGGUGGGUGGGGGUAUACACGAGGAGGGAUAUAUCAGAUUAUACACAGAUCGAGGGUCUUAUUUUACAGAUUGCAAUCACAAGCUGCACAGUCCCUCACCCUGCGAUCGUCUAUCAUGUGAUCUGUCACCAUCACCCACAGAGUUCUAAACACUUAGGGUUGGCAGGAAGGGGAGGGGCUUUAAUCUGUGCCCGUGUCGCUGUCAAGAAGCCAGGUCGCCAUCUUGGGGAAGUCCACGAUGGCCGCCAAGCUCUUUGUAAUAGCACAGAAAUGGACGGACACUGGCAAAAAAAAAAAAAAAAAAAAGGCGAAAUCCUGUAUUAUAGCCGUUAUUUAUUUCCAGAUUAUAAAAAAAAAAAGAAAAACGUAUCGUGUUUCUGGCGCCCCCGGCACGUCGCGCUUCUUAAUCUCCAUCCGCUAUUUCAUUGUGGUUGUAAGAUAUACGGUUUCGUUUGAUAUAUAUAUAUAUUUAUUUCUUUUCAAUUUCGGCGUUCAUCAGGACGGGUAUUUAUUUUAUAAUUUGUCGCACGGCUCCAGGGAGGUUUGUCUAUUUUGAAUGACUCCCCUUUUUACGAAAUGAUUAAAAAAAUAAAAAUUGUAGAAAUGUAGAAAAAAAAAAUCAGGGAUUUAUUUGAACUAUACAGAAAAAAAAUAUACAAAAACAAAAAAAAAAAAAAAGAGAAAAAGAAAAAAAAAAUGAAAAAAUAAAUAAAACAAACAAAAACAACUUCCUUCUUGGUCUCCAAGAAAAUGGCCGCCCUCGUUCAGCACCGGAAAUGCUUUUUAGUGUCAGGUGACUCGUCUGUUUAAAACUCUGUGCCUUCACCCCCCCCCCCCACCCCCUCCACCAUUUUUCAUUAAUCCAUGAUGUGACCCCCCCCCCCCACCCUUGUAAAUGUCAUUUGUGCCAAAGUAAUACUGCAAUGUCUGUGCUCUAGCGGGAGCUGCUCAUGUCGCCGUCACAUACUCCAGCGCCCAGGGGGGCUCCGGAUUUGUUCACCUGCCCCCCCCCCCCCCCCCCCCAGCGUCGCUGUUCUCGCCAUUUCCCAGAAGGGAUCAGAUGACGGCUCCGGUGCCCAUCACAUCUUCUGUCUGUCUCUCUUUUUCUUAAGUUAAUUUCACUUUGUCUGGGAGAUAUAAACAUGGCCGCCGCCCAUGACGGUUGCAUCGAGAAAUGUUGAAACCUCCCUCCGUGCUGGCCGUCUGUGUCACUUCCAGCUCCGCUUCUCAAACUGGCUUUAUUUUCAGGCAAUAAAGAGCGAGAUUUGUAAAAAAAAAAAAAAAAA